AUGCUGUCGUCGGCCCAGCCCAAGCCGCAGGGCCGCCCAGCCUCGCCGCAUUCGGACUCGUCGACGCUGUCCAACAUUACCGUCGCCGACCCUAUACAGCCCGCCGCCAGCUCAGUCGCCGCGUCCUCAACGCCGCCGACCAGCCAGUCCGACGACCAGAGCGUGCACGAGGACGCGCACAAGCAGUCGGACCUGCACGCCGACCUGCACCGCAGUCGUCGCCACAGCUCGCGCGCGCGCGCCGCCGUUGCAACGUACAAUGACAAAGAAAACGCCGGCACGCGCAUUCAUACGCCGGCAAAGUACCGCAAGGACAAGGACACACCGCUCCAGUCACCACAGCAGUCGGACAGUCACCAGCCCGAACACGACGCGUCGACCGAACCCCCCAGCCCGUCCAAGCCCCCCAACGAGCCAAUGCAGCGCCGUCACAGUGCCCGCUCCCGCACCACCGUUGUAACAUACAAUGACAAGGAGAAUGCCGGAACAAGGAUCCACACGCCCACCAAGUACAUCGAUGGCACCUACAUCCGCAAGACCCUCCACGACCCCAUCCCCAUGCCGGGGAGGCCGCAGCUGCCGUCGCCGACCGAAAGCGUGAAGAAACGCUCCGUGAAGCCACGCGCGAGCGGUCUGCGCACCGAGCUUCGCGCCGACAGCGACGAUGACAGCCUGGCAGACGCGACUUCGGCCUCACCCCGGAAAUCGGCGCGAUCGGGUCAGAACGCCGGCAAGACGGGCCAGCGUGCCGCGUCGCAGCUGGGAAAACGCGGUCGCGACGCCUUCCAGACCAAGUCCAAGGCCGCUUUGCGCAAGUCAGACAGCCCAUUGAAGAAGAGACAAAGGAGGGCGGCAUCCGAACCCACCCCCGAGCCCGCCUCUCAGAUACCCCGGCCAGACGUGAGAUAUGGCGAUUGCGGCGGCAAGACCUGGCUCAUUGCGGGCAAGUACUACAAAACUGGCCAGGACGAUUUGGCUGGAGAACUCUCUACGGUUCCCGGCCACAAGCCCAAGAACAAGGAUGGCAGUGCCGGCGUGAACAGGAGUCUCCCGCUCCCAAUGUUCUUAAUGGCGGAAAAGCUGGACCUUUACCCCAAGAAGAAGGUCCCUGAGCACAAGCGCCCAUUCGAACCGUUCCAGCUGCCUUAUGAUGUCUUUUGUCCUCUGCCCAAGGAGGCCAAGGUAAAGGAUUGGAGGGAAAUGAAGAGAAACGAAUACAAGGGUGAAGAUGCUCAGGAAAUCAAGGCAAGGGCGAAAGAUCAAUGCAAGAAGCAAAGGCAGAUGGAGGCAUCAACUUGCAACUGCAUUGGCCGCUGCGACAGGGAUAGUUGCUUCAAUGCCUCGCUCUUCUUCGAGUGCGACGACAGGAGCUGCAACCUUGGUCCUGAUUGUGGCAAUCGGCAAUUCACCAACCUGCAGAAGCGCUACAAGGAUGAGCUUCGCCAGGGAAAGUAUUUCAAGAGUUUCAACGUCGGUGUCGAGGUCGUGGAAACGGAGAACCGCGGCCAUGGUGUCCGGGCCAUGCGGCCUUUCCAGAGCGACCAGAUUGUCGUUGAGUACAUUGGCGAGAUCAUCACUCAGCAAGAAAGUGAUAGAAGGAUGAACGAAAUUUACAAAGACCAUAAGUGCUUCUACUUGAUGAACUUUUACGACAAGCUUAUUAUCGACGGAUACCGCGGAAAUGUAGCCCGCUUCGUCAAUCACUCAUGCGACCCGAACUGUAGGAUGGAGAAAUGGACUGUCAAUGGCGAACAAAGAAUGGCGUUGUUUGCGAACAGACCGAUCAUGACUGGGGAAGAAUUGACCUGGCACUACAACUUCGAGUCAUACGGUAAAGAACAGCCGUGCUAUUGCGGGAGCUGGAACUGCGCAGGAGUCAUCGGACGGCGUAGGAACAAGCCCCUUAAGGAGCCCACUACUGGUAACAAACGUAAGUCUCCGGAUGACGUAGAGGAGAGGCCCAAGAAGAAGCCAAAGGUCACAAAGCUGGUUGAGGCCGCCUCGAAGGCGGCUUCAAAGACCGGCAAAAGCUUAUUGUCAAAGACGAAAGAGGGCCUGAAAGGACUUGUGCAUACAGUCGCCGCUGCGACAUCUACGCCAGCUGUGGAAGGCAAGAAGAGCAGAGAUGAGCGGGCUGCCAGGAGAUCUCUGGCAGCUGCAAAAGAGUCGUCAAAUGAGAGCACGCCAGAGCCGUCCAGCAGUUCACGGCCCACCCGGGCCACGAGACAGCAGCAGAGCGCCAGCCCCAAGAAGAGUGCACCUCAGACUGCCGUCGGGAGGCUACAAGCUGAAAAAUCUUCUCGGCGCCUCGGUUCAAGGUCCUCGUUGUCAAAGGCCGUCGCAACUCCCGAGGAUCGACCGCGGUCGGCUCCGCCACGUACUUCCACACGCAGCAACCGCGCAAUUUCCGUUAACGAUGACGAAGAGGAUUCGGAGCUUCAGAGCACCCCCAAAUCUCGGAGGGGCACUCCGACUUUGGUUAAGAGGAUCCCCAAGGCGAGGUCUCCUCUUUCGGUAUCUUCGAAGAGCACGGCUACACGCAAGGCAGCAAGCUCCAUCAGGAAAUCCACUGGCGCGCAGAUGGUCCAGAACGCCAAGGAAGCCAGCGAGUCGCAGAGCUCGAAUUCGGAAACUGACUCGGCGUCGACUCCUCCCACGGAACUUAGUAUGGCAACUUCCUCCAACACCGCUCCCAUGGCUAACGAUACAAUGGCUUCCUCAGACGCCGCUGGUCCAGUUUCCACAGCCAAGGGUGCGGCAUUGAGGCAGGCGAGGUUGUCCUUCUUGCCUAAUGGGCUGAGCUUUGAGAAAGGCGAGGCGGAGGCUGAGAAACCAGCGAAGAAGGUUGUGAAGAAGAGGUCCAGCAGGUCUGUCCUGGAUGCUUGA